UUCAAAACCAAACUAAAAUGUACUCUCGUUAUAAAAAAAGAAAUAAAUCAAAUUUUACAACAUUCAAGAAGAACAGGAAACUUUUUAAAAAACCUGAAGAUUUCUCAACGAUCCACUCCGAAAACAGAAAAAACCGCUUUAUAUUCGCAAUCAUAUUCAUAGCGGUCGCAAUUUUUGGAUUAUCUUACGACCAAUUUCGUUUAAAAAAUCCAAAAAUGAGCUACCUAAAAAACCUAACAAAGUGCGAAAACAUCCGUAUUGAAUCGAAAUUCGAAACCGUCGACGAUUAUCGCGUCUUUUACAAUUUUAUUGCCGCCGGUAAACGUUUCGAAUGCGACGAAAGCAUCACUUUCGCCACUUACGCGCGCUCGUUACCUGAAGACCUGUUACGUCUUGAAGAUGCCGUUUCAUCCUUUGACGGACCUUUCAGCAUCGCCGUUUAUUUGCCGGGAGAUCAAUUUUACAACGUAAUGGAAAUUAUUUCUUACCUAAGACGCUGUCGAACGAAAAAGAUUAAAAAAAUGGUUACCUUUCAUUUGAUAUUUAAACGAGACGAUUUACCCAAAACGGAUUCCUCGUCUCAAUUAAUAAAAGCGUUUAGCGACGAUUUUAAAUGUUCCGAAUCCAACGAUUUUAAACAAAAAUUUAAGAAUGUCCAAAACAAAAAAUAUCCGAUUAAUUUAGCCGAGAAUGUUGCUAAAUACGCGAGUCAAACUCAUUUCAUUUUUUCUUCAAGAAUCGAUUUGAUCCCCCCGAAAAAUUUGGUGAAUUCAUUUUUUAACAUGUUAAAAAAUCAUCGAGAUUAUUACGAUUUUAAACCGGCGAUUUUUGUUUUACCCCUUUUUCAAAUCGAUGAGAAUGUUGGGGUGCCAAGAAAUAAAAGGGAGUUGAAGGAGGUUUUAUUGAACGGAACUGGGAGGGUUUAUUUAAAAACUAAUUGUUUUGGGUGUAAGGAAAUUAAUAUUUCCGAUUAUUUAUCGCGCGAUUUUGAGGAGUUAGAGGGCGAUUUUGAUGUGGUUAGUUUUGAUAAGAAGUUGCCUAAUUUGAAAUUAUUUUACAUUGGCAGUAAGGAUGAAGAUGAGAAAAAUCGAUUCGAAGAUUAUAAUUUUUUGAUUUUAAAUACGUUUUUGAUUCAGAAAUAAAUGUUCGAUUCAUUA